AUGAAUGCAGAGAUACUGGCGCCUCUCACCUCCCUGGAGGCCCGGCUUAAUGCCCUGCUGACGUCCAUCACGUCGACUCCCACAGCUUCGGGGGCGCCAGCGGCAACAGUCUCUCUUCUUGAAGCUGACGACGCGCUUAGCAACGCGCUGCAGACACUGAGAACACACCAGGCGAACUACUCUAAGAUCCUUCGACUACGUGCUGAAGCCCUCAGCCUUGAGGAGCGAGUGCGGGAGACAGUUCGGCAGGUUGGGGAGCUUGGAGACGAGAUAUCUGCGGCUGCAGGAGAGGAUGAUGACUCGGAUGAAGACAGUGACGAUGGGGCAGGAAGCGAUGUUGAAAUGGGCGAAAAGGACAAGGAUAAGAUACGGAAGGGUGAGGUAGACUACCGAUUGCUGCUUGGAUUUGCCAGACGGAUAAGCAAGUACAACAACGAGGCCGCUGCCGAUGCCUCCAGCACAACGAUGUUGUCAAAGGAGCCGCCAAAUGCUGACACGGCAGCAGAGGCGAACGGCGAGAUAGCAAAGAAGGAUGGGAUGGCUGUGGGCCAUGGGCAGACGACGGGCGUUGGUAUCGCUGCUUUACCUCAGGACACCGUCUCCUGGCUGGAUGAGACCGCCAACUGGACUCGACUCAUGUCUGCGCUCCCGUACCCCAGCGAGGACCGUAUCCGUAUGGGUCUUAUGGCCCAUCUCCACGCAACUGCCGCUGCAGAGGGGAAGGAUAUUGGAAAAGAAGUCGAGCACAUCCUGCAAGCUGCAAUGCAGAAAGAUAUGACAAAUGAAGAAACUCAAUCGGCAGGGCAAGGAUAUCAACCACAACCUGAUGCGGGUGUUGGCCACCCUGCAGAGACGGGUACUGCAUCUCUAAACCACCAAGCUGGGAAUAGUGCCAGCCAUACAGCAGAACCAGCGAAAGUGAAGCCGAAGCUCGACCUUGAUCUUUAUGACCCAGACGACGACGACAUGUAA